CUAAAAAGUGCUCUGCUUUUUGUCACUCGUUUCAUUCGCUCGCUAGUCCUCCACCGGAUUUGACUCGUCAAAAAUUGGUCUGAGUGUCAUUUCAAAAUUACACUAUAGCUGCUCUCGUGGGAAAUGAUGGUGUUUCCAUACCAAACAUCUGUUCAAGCAGCUUUUUACAUCAUUUAAUACCCACAGAGAAGUUCAAGAAAACCAAUGAUCCACAAACAGGAAAGUCUGAGGGCAGAACCUGUGAAACUUUCUCAUGGAGAGGAGGGAACUUUACGAUUCUAUCCUGGACCGAAGCAAACGUAUUAUGUGGCAGGACGACUGCUACAUGGAUCUUCAAACUACGUCUUCUUCACUCGCUUCACAAACUGAAAAUAAAGAUCUUUGUUGGAUCCAAAAGCAUCAAGAACAGCUGCAAAGAUUUAUUACCACGUCCUUCUUGGAUGGGAUCGUAACCCACCUGAGAAGGGUUGAAGUGCUGACUGCAACUGAGGAAACCAAGAUCAAGGAAGCAGGCCAGCUUCAGGACCAGGUUAUCAUGCUCACAACCAUUAUAUCUGGAAAGGACAGUCAAGGGACUGAUGCCUUCCGAGGCUUCAUAGAGAGCUCAGACUCUCUGCCGGCCCAGCUCAUCAUAAACCACGAUUCCAUGGUGAAAGAGCACAAAGAGGUGCUGUUAAGACAAUACGAACAGCACAGAGACAGAGAUUCAGUUAGCUGCCCCAAGUUGAACAUCUCCUCAAGAAACUUACUUCUAGUUGAUGGACUCUCUGACCUUCAGCAAAAGGAACAUGACUUAAUGCAGGUGGGGGUGACUCGAGGAGGGAAAAGAAAUCACCUCAGACAGUUGGGGCUGGCUAAACUCCUGGAGCCCCUGACUCGUGUUAGUUUACCUCCCAGAGUCUCAGUCACAGUUGGCGUUGCAGGUAUUGGAAAGACUACCUGGGUCCGACACUUCGUCAGACAGUGGUGCCAGGGGGCCUACUAUACAGAUGUGAGCUUCAUCUUGCCUUUCACUUUUUGUGAGCUCAACUCAUUGGAGAAACUGUCUGCAGAGAGGCUGGUGAAAAUGGCCUUCCCUCAUUUAACAGACCCCAGUCUGGUCUUGAGCAGCUCCUGUCGCACACUGUUCAUACUGGAUGGUUUGGAUGAAUUCCGCUGCACUUUAAAUUUCUCUGAUGCAGCAUCCUGUAACGACCCAAAGAAAGAGGUUUCCAUUGAUGACUUAGUAACAAACCUCAUUCGAGGGAAUCUGCUUCCUGAUGUAGCAGUGUGGGUAACAGCAAGGCCAGGAGUGGCCUCCCUUAUCCCUGGAGGAUUAGUUGACAGAGUGACCGAGAUCCCAGGAUUCAGCCAGAAGGAUAUUCAGCUCUUCCUUGACCAUCACUUCUCUGAAAAGGAAUAUGCCAAUAAAAUAUGGCCGCAUUUGGAGUCCCACAACAUCUUGAUGGUGAUGUGCUACAUACCUGGAAUCUGCUGGAUAGUAGCUGAUACUCUGAUGUACAUUAUGCAGAGUGGAACACAAGAGAGCCUUCCAAGAACUUUUACUGAGCUGUUUGCUCACUUCUGUUCUAUGAAGGCGGAAGUGGGUGAACCAAGAGGAAGGGAGCCUGUAAAAAUAGAGCAGCUUCAUGGUGGCAAUCGUAAACUGCUGGGCAACCUUGGGCGACUUGCAUUUUAUGGUCUCCUGAAACACAAGUACACCUUCAGUGAGCAGGACCUCAGAGCCUAUGGGAUAGAUCCACUGCUAACUCAAUGUAGUCUUGGUGCUGGAGUUCUUGUCAGAGAGGAAUCUGUCAUUUACACAACAUUCAGGUUUACCCAUUUGACUUUGCAGGAGUUUCUUGCAGCUACUUUCUACCAUGUCUCCUCCAAGCGGGCCAUCUUCGAUUUAUUCUCAGAGAGCACCAUGUCUUGGCCCAAGAUCGGUUUUCAGAACCACUUUAGGAGUGCCUUGCAGCACUCGCAACAAGCUGAAGAUGGGCACUUGGAUGUGUUUGUGCGCUUCCUGACAGGCCUGCUGUCCUCAGGGGUAGUCAAACCUCUUGCUGGCCUUCUGGCCCUUGGGAAGGAUGAUGGCAAUCAGAAGGCUUGGGCAGCAGGGUUUUUACAAGGCCUUUUGGUCAACGGGGGUGCUGUGGUAUCCCUGCGAGCAGUCAACCUGGCUUAUUGUUUACAGGAGCUGCAACAUACAGAGCUGCUGCGGAGUGUAGAGGAGGGUUUACAACUCCGCAGUCUGGCAGGGAAGUUAACAAGGGCUCACUGUGUCGUGCUAGGCUACCUGCUGCAUGUGUCGCCAGAGUGCAGUGAACAGACCAACUUAACAGGCUCUUUGACUUACUCAACAGUGAAGUGUUUGCUCCCACAGCUACUGUACUGCAGCCAUCUCAGGUUAGAGAGUAAUCAAUUCAAAGAUGAUGUCAUGGAAUUGCUUGGAAGCCUCCUGAGUGCUAAGGACUGCCACAUCCAAAAAAUAAGUUUAGCAGAGAAUGCCAUCAGCAGCAAAGGAGCCAAAGCCCUGAGUCGAGCCCUCUUGGUGAACCGGACACUGAUGUCACUUAAUCUCCGGAACAACAACAUCGGCUCUAAAGGUGCAAAGUUCCUGGCUGAGGCACUUAAAAUGAACCAAGUUCUGGUUUCAGUUAACUUUCAGAACAAUGCCAUUGAGGAGGAAGGUGCUCGGGCCCUUGCAGAAGUACUACAGUGCAACCGCAAACUGGUGUCUCUAAAUUUGCAGAAGAAUAUGAUCGGAGCAGGAGGAGCCAAGAGGAUUGCAGAUGCACUGAAGGCAAACCUGACGCUCACAAAGCUGAUUCUUUGUAGUAACCAGCUGGGGGACAAAGGAACAAUCGCUCUUGCAGAGGCUCUGACAGUCAACCACACUUUGCUCUCACUUCAGCUGCAGAGUAACUCUAUCAGCAACAAGGGGAUGACAGCCUUAACAAAGGCACUGAGGUCAAACCGAGGUCUUCUCUCUCUGAAUUUAAGGGAGAACUCGAUUGGAGUGGAAGGAGCAAAGAACAUGGCAUACGCCCUCCGUGAGAACCACUCUCUGCAGGACCUUGACCUUACAGCCAACUUGUUGCAUGAUGAAGGGGUUCAAGCUAUAGCUGGAGCAAUCAAGUUAAAUCAAGGCCUCAUAUCUUUGCAUCUUCAGUGGAAUUUCAUCAAGUCCUCUGCCACAAAAGCUCUGGCUGAUGCGCUCGCCUCCAACACUGUAAUGCAGCUCUUAGAUCUACAGGAGAAUGCUAUUGGGAAUGAAGGAGUAAUUUUUCUAGCUGAAGCCUUGAAGACCAAUGCCUCGCUGCGUACAUUAUGUCUCCAGGGUGUCUCAGCAGGCACAAGUGGCGCCAUUGCAAUGGCUGACGCUCUUACAAUGAACCAAACCCUGCAAACAUUGGAUCUACGUGGGAACACUGUUGGGAUGGAGGGAGCCAAGAAGUUGGCAAACGCUUUGAAAAGCAACAGAAGCCUCAAGUCUCUUAACUUGCAGGAGAACUCUCUUGGUAUGGAUGGAGCCAUAUUCAUUGCAACAGCUUUGAAAGGAAACCACCAAUUAACAUACAUCAGUUUGCAGGGAAAUGGCAUUGGAGAAUCUGGAGCAAAGGUCAUAUCUGAUGCGAUAACAGCCAACGCUCCGGGCUGUGUGGUCGACAUCUGACUGAGGACAGACAAUAUUGCCCUGAGGAACAUCGUAUAAGAUGUAGCAAGGAGUAUAUUAGUAACCGAUUGCGGUUUGUUGGUACUUGACUAUUCUCUGUAAUGUUAAGAUUAGUUUCAGUGUAAUUUUAUUUUCGUAUUUAUUUUAAAGUCGUCAUUAAGUUAGAAGUGCCCAGAGAGUUGGAAAGGGCUUGUAUAGGAUGAGAACAUGAAAUAUGGCACCAAUUUGUGUUAGUUUUACUCAGCCAAAAUUAUAAGGAGGAGUUGCAUCUCUCUUAAGUUGACAUCACUCAUUACAAAUGCUCUUUUUGCACAACUUGAAUUGGCAACCAGAAAUAAAAACAGAUUCAGGCUCUGAUUCAUGCAGCCAUUUUCAUUCACACUCAUCGACACUCCUGCUGUGCCGACAGAUUUUUUUUUCCAAUGAAACAGCCAUGAACUCAUUAUUCCUUGAAGUCUCACUCAGGCUAGAAAACUUCAAGUAAAGCGCAGCGUAUGGACCCCAACUGCAGCACGAAAGGAAACUGGCAGAUAUAGUCACACACACACACUUAUUUCAACAGCAGGUAAUCACGGCCCAAACUAAACAAUGUCUCUGUUAGCCGGCUGAGGAAUGUAUAUGAAGGUAGACAUGUUGCAAAAUGUGAGUGCUUGUAGAAUGUGCUGUGAGAACUUGAAGGGGGAAAAAAAAAAAAAAAAACAACCAUACUUUACCCCAAUUUUUUUUUAUUACUACUGGUGCCUAUUAUCCUUGACAACCACAGCUCUGUGGUUACAACUUCUCGAAUCUGCCGCUACAACUGCACAAACUACUUUUCUCACGUGAAAUGCCCCUGGCGGCAGUAACCGUCUCAUGGCUAUAUUGCUGGCCGCUGCAGCCUUCUUCACAAACUAUGAACUGUGAGAGGAUGUCCAGGACACGAGGUGAUUUGAUGUCAAUAAAACAUUUGAUGUCGAUGUGGGGGGGCAUUUCUGCGAGUACAAAUUUGUUUUGCUACAGACGUCUCGCAAAGUGUGUUGCAAAACUCAAGCAGCGCAGAUUCACGAGAGAAGUAGUAUGUGCAGUUGUAGCGGCAGAGUCGAGAAGUUGUAACCACAGAGUUGUGGUUGUCAAGGAUAAUAGGCACCAGUGAUAAAAAUAAAUUAAUUAUGAUUUUUACAUACAAGUUCACUUUUUUUCCCUUCAAGUUCUCACAUCAAAUUCUACAAGCUCUCACAUUUUGCAACAUAUCUACCAUUAUAAAUGUAGCCCCUGAUGGCACAGAAAAACAUACCAGACCUGAUCGUGCAGAACAAUCAAAGCAGGGAACACGGGAAAAAUUCACUUCAGCCCAGAAAACAGGCAAACAGGAACCAGGAGACCCUGAAGCAAAACUUGUGGUCGGGACAGAAGGCUGAGGUAAUUACCAGGCUUUAGCUGGAGAAGGUGAUUAAAAGGUAGGCAGGGUCAGUACCGGUAAAUCAGUCCAAGGGAUCCCGCUAGAAAGCCGGGCAUGAAUGUGAUGACGAUCUCGCAAUGAGUGAGCAUGGAGCAGCAGCUUUUGUAGUGGCUUGAUUACUGAUCAGCUGCAGCUUAGAGAACAGGUGAGCUGAGUGAGCUGAUGAGGUGGCUGACAGGUAGAGUGAGAGGGAGGCAGUCUGAAUGGAAAAGUACUGAGAGGCAGAGCAGGGCUGUGAAACUUGAAUGCUCUUAUGGUGUCUUACUGCUGGCUUAAAAUCCUUUAUAUUUCACAAAUCCUUAUCAUUUAUCAGCCUCACCUGAUGAGCAGAUGAUAGAGAAAAUCAGAAGGGAUAUUUUAAAGUUAAACAAUAUAUUUGAUGACCAGGUAGCUGUAUUAGACUACUGCUUAUGAUAACCUCCAGCCACACCCUAACACUAUGAUAUUGUUACUUGAUGCAAUAUGAAAACCAAACAUUACUCGGUAGUAGUUAUGGAGACAGCCUUGAGUAGAAGCAGUAAAAUAAGAAUGAUUUGACAGUUUCCCAAUGUUUACACCACUUUCAAACCUAAAACAAACCCACUGACAUUAUAUAGUAACGGCAUUUUCAUUUUACACUGAGCACAGCAGAGGAAAAUGGCCCAACAGCUGUCUCUAGGUAGUAAUUUUAUUUUCGUCUGUACUUCAUUUACUUUGAUCACCAUAGAAUUAAGACGCCUGUGAAGCAUUUCGGCAACAGCUCUAAUUGUAGCUUUCUGAAUUAGCUAACAGCCAAAUACAGCCAAAUGUUGCAAGCAGCCCUUCUCACACAUUUGCCACCCUAGUUUGUUGGUAGCAAUUAGCCUCUUGGCAUUGAGUUUAAUAUUCAAACACUUCUUGGUUUGCAGAAUGGUUUAGAUGUCUGAGCUGAAUGUGUUCACAGCUGCUGCAAAUAACCUCUGAAGCUCAACACCAUUACAACCCAUUUGCUCUCUAACAUAUGCAUAUGCUUUCCUCUUCUCGAGUCUUACUUUGUGUUGGACAAAAAAUGUCAUGGUCAGAGUUUCUCUCUCCGUUACUUUUAGAUCAAAUGUGAUAUAACCUAUAAAAAAUUUGAAUGUGAAAUGUAUUGAAUGAAUGUGUAAGGUAAAUACUAAGGAGUAAAUACAUUUAUUUUUCAUUGUGAAA